UGACCACAUUUGCUUGACGCUUUUUCUGAGAGCACAUGUGGAAACCAGGCCUGGUUGUCUGUUUUCGGGUAUGGACGGUCUGAUAGAACUGACCGGAGCCUCGGCAGCAGCUGAAGCGGCUCCCUGCGCUCUGGGCUCCGGCUGCGGAUCCUGCCUGAAGCGCAUCCGGCGCUGCGUCCCGCAAGACUGCCGGGAUGAGACCGUACAGCUGGUUAAACUAGCGGGUCCUGUGGUCAUGUCCCAGUUGAUGGUCUUCAUGAUCAGUCUCGUCAGCAUGAUGUUCUGCGGUCACUUGGGGAAAACAGAACUAGCAGCGGUAUCUUUAGCAGCUGCGGUGGUUAAUGUCUCUGGUAUUUCCAUUGGCACUGGUUUGUCAGCAGUCUGUGAUACCCUCAUAUCUCAGACGUAUGGGAGCGGUAACUUGAAGCGUGUGGGUGUGAUUCUCCAGAGGGGGAUUCUGAUUCUGCUGCUGGCCUGUUUCCCCUGCUGGGCCGUCCUCAUCAACACUGAACCCCUCCUGCUCGCCGUCAAACAGAGUCCAGAGGUCGCCAGUCUCUCCCAGCUGUAUGUGAAGAUCUUCAUGCCUGCUUUGCCGGCAGCUUUUAUGUACCAGCUGCAGGGGAAGUAUCUUCAAAAUCAGGGAAUUAUGUGGCCACAGGUCAUAACUGGAGGGAUUGGAAAUUUCCUCAAUGCAGUCAUCAACUACAUCUUCCUUUAUCCUCUAGAGUUGGGGGUCGCUGGUUCUGCUGCAGCCAAUGCUAUCUCCCAGUAUUUGUUGGCUUUCUUCCUGUACUUUUACAUCUGCUGGAGGGGUCUGCACAAAGCCACAUGGGGAGGUUGGUCACUCGACUGUCUGCAGGAGUGGGGUCCCUUCGUCAAACUGGCCAUUCCCAGCAUGCUCAUGAUUUGUCUAUCAUGGUGGAUAUUUGAAGUGGGAGGCUUCCUGGCCGGUGUGAUAAGUGAGGUGGAGCUGGGAGCUCAGUCCAUAGCGUACCAGCUGUGCAUCAUAGCUUACAUGUGCCCUCUAGGAUUCUCUGCUGCUGCCAGUGUACGGGUUGGAAACGCUCUUGGUGCAGGAAACACAGAGCAGGCCAAGCACUCUUGCAAAGUCCCCAUCUUUUGUGCAUUCAUCGUUGCAUGUUUUUUUGGAGGCAGUCUCAGCAUCGCCAGAAAUGUUAUUGGAUACAUGUUUACCCCAGAGCAUGACAUUAUUCAGAGAGUUGCUGAUGUGAUGCUCAUAUUUGGUUUCAUGCAUAUUGCUGAUGCCACUGCGGGGGUGGCUGCAGGUGUUCUCAGAGGAGCAGGAAAACAGCUGAUUGGUGCUCUGUGUAAUCUAGUAGGGUUCUAUUUCAUAGGCUUCCCCAUUGGUGUGGCCCUGAUGUUUGCCGCCCACACCGGGAUUGUAGGACUAUGGACAGGACUGACCAUUGGUGUGGUCCUGCAGGCGAUUGUUUUUAUGACAAUUCUGUGCAAACUUGAUUGGAAAAAGACCACUGAAGAGGCUCUUGUGAGAGCAGGAGUCCAGAUGACAGAAGAAAAAGACAUGGUUGAGCUGGAACACACCGACACAAAUCAGUGCCAGGCCCAGGUCACCACUACUCCGUCCAGCUCUGUCAGUGCUGAGGAGCAUGACGCUGACCUGCAAGUGCAUCAUUCAGGCCACAGUCCACUACUGCCCACUACCACUACAGUGGGACAUGUUCUGUCAGUAAAGCAGCUGGUUUUACGGCGUGGCCUGUCAUUGCUAAUCAUGAUCUUCAUCCUCGUCGCUGGAAUUGUAACCAGCAACUUGCUGCUUAAACUGUUCAAAUGACUCAUCCUUUAAGCUCAGAAAUGUUUUUUUAACAUUGAGUGUCAAAGGGCUGCUCAUCAUCAAGAAUCAGCUUCCCAGACUGCUGCAUUGUGCAGCUUCCAGUCACUCUCAGCCUCAUGUCUUAGCUUGCUGGUCCGUCCCUCACGUUCCCUCUUUCUGCUAAUGAUGGCAAGCCAAAGUGUAUUGUCAAAGAGCCAAAGAGAACCAAAUGCUGUAUUUUUCUCAACUAGCAACAUCAGGGAUAAAAUGCAAGUAAAUUAUGGACUUACAGCAUGGAGGGCACUGCUGUUCUGGAUACUGGAUGCGUAAGUUACAUGAGUUAUAGUUUUGUCAUCAUGUUAGCCAUAAGAACUUGUUAAGUUUGUGUAGUACACUGUAUCAAUGCUUGUUACUGUGAGACUGUUGCUCAGUGCUGUUUCAUGGUAAAAUCUGUUCAUUCCCCUGUUUGUUUUAAAAGAGAACUCUAUUGAUUUAGCACUGGACGGCUACAUUGUCAGACUCACAAUAUACAGGCCACUAGCCUCAUGCAGAGAUGAGGAGGGGGCUACAGAGGUCUGGUAAGCACCACUAGAUUUUCUUCAUUUUCAGACAUAGACCCAAUCGACAUUGCCUGCAUCACUUGAGGGAGGUUAUCAAAUUUCAUGCAGCUCAAACUUCAAACAUGUUUACAUUUUAGAGACAUUUUUAUUCUUUAGGCGCUAAGUAAAAAUAUAGUGUCGAGAUUCACCAUGUAAUACAAAUCAGCGCAAAUCACACUGAAACGUGUGGAGUUCUGCAGGGUUCAAUCUUUGGACCCCUUUUAUUUAAUGUGUAAACUCAAGUUUAGAAAAAAGUACCAACAACUUUCUUUAUCGUAGUUAUGGUGACCCAAAAAUGUCUUACCUGUACCGAAACAGUAGGUACUCAUCUUAACUUACUGUCACUGAAAACUAAAACAUAUCAGAAACCUUGACACAGUCAUGGAUUCAGGUCAGUGGAUUGAUUCCAGGGUUAAAUGUAGGCAAGCUGCAUUUAGCUGCCUGAACAUAUCAGAGACACCAUAUAAAUCAAAGUGAGAAACAUCUGUUUGCUGUUGCUUUAACUACACUUUAGUGUUUACACAUAAAGAUCUGCUUUACUUUCUUUGUUUCUUGAAUGGUCUUCCAUGUAUAUUGAA